CAAAUCGUGGAGCGUGGUCGCGCGACGGUCACAUCGCGUGUGUGUGUGUGUGUGUUGUUGUAGAAGUUUGGUGCUGAAACGUAGCGCGCGACGGUGAUCUGUAGCCAUGGCUUUUUGUUCCUUUGCCGGAGGAGAGAUCUUUAAAGAUCACUUCGAAGCGGGUAUCUAUGUUUGUGUAAAGUGUGGAUAUGAGCUGUUCUCCAGCACAAAGAAGUAUAACCAUUCCUCUCCCUGGCCUGCCUUCACUGAAACUAUCCACGAGGAUAGUGUCUCCAAAAUGGAGGAGAGACCUGGUGCACUGAAGAUUCGUUGUGGGAAGUGUAAAAAUGGCCUGGGUCAUGAGUUUCUGAACGACGGACCCAAGCGUGGACUCUCACGAUUCUGAAUAUUCAGCAGCUCACUCAAGUUUGUCCCUAAAGAGAAGGGUGGACAGUAGAGUGAGCUGAUGGAUGGAGAAGUGAAGAUGACAUAAAAAUGUACAGAGGGACUCUGUUCUGUGGAAGAUGUGGACAUUUCGUGAAGUGUUGUGCUACAAAGCCCACAGUGGAAGUCAGAACACUGAUAUUUAUGGCCACACUGGUACAGAAAGGACAAGUCUGCUCCUAGUCACUAUGUGCUAAAGUCUGUUCUUAGUCAAUAUCAGUACACACCAAAAAUGAAUAUAGAUGUAAUAUCUAUGACAUUUCUUAAUAGAUAGGCUGUUUUAUGUAAGCACUUAUAAGAUUGUUAAUAAAUCCUUGCAUUAAAACUGAUUUAAAAAAUAGCACCAAGCAGAAGAUAAUGUUUUGUACUCUGGUGUUUGCUGAGAAAAUCGUUGAUUAUGUUUUACAAAGUUAUUUGACAGUGUUGCACUAAGAAAUCAAUUUGUUCACAAAUCUGAAGGCCUAAGAAUAAAGUUUUUAGCAUAUAAAGAGAAA